AUGCCGCCGAUGCGACGCAAGAGAGGAAGGGGAAUGGCUACCUUGUGGUCGAAGCCGAAUAAGCAGACAAGACGACAGUGUGCAAACGAAGCACUGGCGAAGAAACUGAAGACGGAGACUGUCCAAGUUCCUCUCGCGAAUGGAAAAAGUGGUGUUAAAAAAAAACGAGCAACUGAUGCUCAGUCGCCACGAUCUCGGGCACCUCCGUCUGAUACCACGUUGUCUGCUAGAUCUGAACACACGGCUACGGUAUCGCCAGCAAUCAAGCGACACCGUUUGCAGCAGAACAAUGGUAUAGACAAAUCAUUGAUGCUGUAAACAAAGAUUGCAAUUCAGGGGCAAUAGCAUCAGUCAAAAACGCUUCAAACGCAGCGGAAGUUGCCAGAGUGUCGUCGUCAGCGUCAUCGUCUUCAAGACGAAACAAAGGACAAGACGCAAUAUAUGGCUACGUGGAUGCGGUUGUUUCGACCCUUCUGUCCGUCGGAAAGAUCAUCGGCCCGCUCAGUAAUCUCUCACUCGUUAUGGACAAGAAAGAUGAGACGCAGCAGCCCGGACCUUCGAGCUUGUCAGCAGUUCAGUCCGUGAUUCCAAUGUCAGAAAUACUGACUGAGAAGACGGUAGCACUCAGGCAGCGGAAACUUUCGAUCGAUCUAGGGAACACCAAUCUCGGUGAGUUUGCUGUAGAAUUUAGAAAGUUCAUUCACGAUUCUUUAUUUCAGCUGACCUCAAACUGGAUAACAUAAUGGAUGAAAUCAACAAGAAGUUUAUGUGCCGAAUCGAACUAUUUGAGCAUCGUCCCAGCGAGAAUGCGCUGAUUCUUCUGAUGGUCGCCGCCGAGGUUGGAGACUCGCACAAUUGACUCCAAAUAGCCUUUUUUCCAGACAUGCGCCGACGAAGCGACAACAUAUCUGACAAAUGCCAUUAUUGAUGCAGAAAUGGAACUCUACAUUAAAUCAGGCAAAUUUGCGGAGAAUACCAACGGAAGUGCUCCUGGACCGUCCACAUCUUCGUGA